UGUGAAGGUACAGGGUAAAAGGAAUGUAGCAAAAUACAAGGAAAUCCUGAAAGAAAACCUAAUACAAUCUGCAAGAGGACUGUGAUUUAGGAGAGAAUUUUUUUCUCGAAAGGAGAAGAAGUGAGUCACCAUGGCAACUGAGGAAUGUAAAUCUGUUGCCACUAUAAACAAGGCCAUGAGGAGUGUCACCAAAGCAUCUGAUGUCAGGGAGGACAAUGCUUUGAUGUUGCAGCCAUACAGUAACUGGGAACAGUUCCUGAUGCCUGGCCCACUCUCUAUUGCCAUCUUAGGGGAGAUAAUAUUCAUUUCUGCAGGAGUGGACUUUGCAAUUGACAAGGACAUACCCGAGAAAGGAUUCAAAUACAUGAAAUACCCUAAAUCAUUCCGUGCCUCUUUAGUGCAAGUGAGCAACGAGGGCUGGGAGGCCUUUCAGGAAGCCCACAAGAACAUGGAUCAAAUCCGGCUUCUCGCUGUGAAUGUCCCCACUGACAUGAGGGAUGUUGUGAAGUUCCUCAUGCAAGAUGAUCCAAAGAUCACCGAAGAUUUCCUCCCAAUCCCGCUGAACAGCAUCAAAUCCACUGCAGAUAAAUGCUUGGAGCUGGCCACAGCUGUGGAGGAGAAGUUCACUGGGGUCAUCCAUCUCAUCAAUGAACUAUUGGAGGCCUGUACAAGCUCGAAAGGAGUGUAUGAGGAUAAAUUACGUGAAAUAAAAAACAAAAAGGAACUGACUGAAAUGAAGGAGAAAGCAACAAGAGAGGCAAAAGCCAUGCUGGAAGAGCAACACCGAAAAAUGGAAGCCCAAAUAAAGCAAGCACAGGAAGAUUACAAAAGCAACAUGGAUUCUAUCCCAGUUGGCUGGAAUGCUGUGGGAAUAGCAGUGGUAGAAUCACUUGUCGAUGCAGUUACUUCAUUCAGUCCUGUGAAAGGUAUAAAGAAAUUGUUCUCUCGAGGGAGCAGUAAUGAACCCAGCUAUAAAAGCACUGGGAAUAAUAUCAUUUAUAAAACAAAGAACCUAGAGAUUUUUAUAAAAAUGCUUUAUCCCUUCCGGACCCAAAAUGAGAAAAUUGACUUGAAUAAACUGAAAGGUGAGAGUGGAACUAAAAUGUUAAACAAGUGUAAACAGAAUCUGGAGAAGUUUCAGGAGGAGGCAGGAAAUGGAGAGGACUGCCCUGAGAAGGAUACAGCCCUGCAGAUCUGUAAAACAGGAAUUGAAAUAUGUGAGGGCCUAGAAAAGCUGCGAACAUCUAAUCCAGCUGAUGAAAAUGAAAUGACCCAAAUAGCUGUGAACAUCACACAAGUGGUGCAGGACACGGUGAUGUUUACCUCUCGCUGCAAGGCAAAGGCAGGGAACAUGGGUGUGACAGCCACUCCACCUCACAUGUCUCAAGCUGACCCAGGAGAGGGUGCCAGUGCUUUAUCCACGGCCACUCGCAAUGCCAGGUUCAAAGUGGAACAGUCUGCAGCACAGCUACGAGCUGCAGAGCAAAUGUAUGAGAAAAGCUUUGAGAAUAUACAGAAGAAUAAUAAAGAAUUGCAAGAGACACUGGAAACUCUGAAGAACUGUCAGAUUCAGGAAAUAAACUUUGAUAAAACUGUGGACAUGCUUCUCAAAGGUUUGGAUGCAUUGGGCCGUGUGAAAGAACAAUGGGGAAAGAUGGUUCUCUUCUUCACCAUGAUGUCAAACCUGAUCGGAAGCUCCUUGAACCCAUCACUUCACAAAUUCAUACAGUACAGUGAAAAGAUUUCCUCCGGCUAUUCACAGAACAAGCUAACCCAGGACCUGCUGUACACACAGAUCUCUCAAGCCACUAAUAUUUCAAGCCUUGUCCACAUGAUCGCUGAAACAUACGUGCAGGUCUCCACCCAACAUCUGAUGGACCGGGUCAACAGCUUGGGGAAAUUAAUGGGCCUUGACCGAAAUCGGGAUCACAAUAAAUUUAUGAUCGAGCGUAAGAAAUUUGGAUCAGACUGUAUGGAAGCAGGAAAAGCCAUUGAAAGUCUUGUAAAGAGGAACAAAGCACAGUAUGAAAAGCGUGUGCAAUCAAGAAUAGACAGAAUCCAGAACAGUGUGAUGCCCUUGCUACCUCCUGCCACAUCAGAAGAAAUGAAAGAAAUUGAGAAUACUGUGAAAGAACUGACAGAGGAAGACAUGAAUGAUUUUGUCUAAUGAUCCUCUCCCUUGCACACUCCAUUCUUUCAACGCUUCUCAAAGGUCAUUGCAAAUUCUUGACUGUGUCUUGACAAGCUUUUCGUAAGGAGGGAUUACCCUUUCAGUAAAAUGACAGAUGAGCUCAUGUGUAAGUUUGCAGGUAACACAAAAGUUGAUGGAGCUACAGAUAGUCUAUAAGGUAAUUAGAGGAAACAAUGGAAUAAAGAACAAUGAAAUAUGGGCAGAGAAGUGGCAGAUUCAGUUUUAUCAGGCCAAGUGCCAAUUGUGGCACUUUGGGAGAUCAAGUCUUGGGGGAAAAUAUAAAGUUAAUGGCAGACUCCUGAAGAGUUUCAUACAAAGACAUCUUGGGUCCAAGUCCAUUGUUUCCUGAAAGGAGCCACACAAGUUGACAAGGUGGUAAAGAAGGCAUAUGGCAUGCUUGCCUUUAUUAGUCGAGGCACUGAGUUCAAAGAAGGCAUAUGGUUGGCUUGCGUUUAUUAGUUGAGGCAUUGAGUUCAUGUUUUGUUGAAGCAUUAUAAAGCUCUGGUUAGGGCACACUUGGAGAAUUGCAUUCAACUUUGGCUGCCCCAGUAUGAGAAGGGUUUAAAGGAUGUGGAAAAGAUGAUGCAUGGAUUAGAGGGUAUGAGUUGUAAGAAUUUGGACAAAUGGAUAGUUUUCUCUGGAGCCUGGGCUGGAGAAGCUGUUACUGAGCUCUACUAUUACACUGUACUGAGCACUGUACUAUUUCCAAUGAUUCAGGACAAGAGAGGCCACUCAUUCACCAAUCAAAACCAUCAUUACAUCUACACUCCACCAUGAACGGGUUUGUUAAACAACUCGGAUGUUUCUGUCUCCAUUGCUAUUUCUCCCUGUCCAUCUCAUGUAUUCCUAUUGGGAAUAAUGACCUCCCCUAAUUUUAUUUGAAGCUGUCUUCUUCAUGUGCAGCAGUCUCUGUGGGUGUUUUCUGAUUAUCAGUUCUAAAAUGCAUUUCUCCCAGAGAUUGUGUCCUAAAAAAACAUGAAAUAUUUACACAAGCCAUCUUCUUAUCUUCUUUUCUACCAUGCCAGCCAUUUGAUAAGUACAGUUUGUGUCCUAUCACAGGGUGAAUCCUUUACUGUUCAGUGUUUCAAAUACAGACAAAUUCUUGGAAUGUUUGCAAGGUUGUCAUCUCUUUUUACAGGUGGUAACAAAAUAGCACACAGUUAAUUGGUGUUUAGGUUACAAAUUGCCCUCUGGUAAAUCAAUAGUGUUGCAUGUAGUUGUUUGAAAUUCACUAACUACUCAAUAUAUAAAGCAAUGAAGCUUCCCAAACACAAAAGAUCUCCUCAGUAUUAUGCAGGUUUACGUUUAAUUCCCCUGAGAAUUUUAAAUGAAGUUUAGAAGCAAGGUGUAUUUGCAUAGACUGCUUUUCUGUUCAAUUAGCUUCUCGGUUUUAUUUUAGGAAUUGGCUGUGCAAAGCCCUGUCUGUCCAUGCUUACUGAUUGUUGAUAGAGUCAUACAGCACAGAAAGAGGCCCUUUGUUAUACAAAUUUAUCCCAGUUUCCUUGCAAUUGUCCAAUACCCCUCAACUUGUUUUCAGUCCAAUUUCCCAUCCAAACAGUUUUUAUAAUUGUCUUUGCUUCUCUAUUUUCUCUAACUGUUCAUUUCAGAUGAACAGCGCACUUAGAGCUCCUUAAAAAUUCUCCUUCUUUCUUUAUAUUUAUCCCAUCCAGUUUUAGGCACAUCCACAUAAAGUUUGUCUACCCUACAUAUGCCUCUAAUAAAUUUAUAAAUCUCUUAAUGUCACCUCAGUCCCCUAUGUUCCAGUGAGAGUAAAAAGUUUAUCUAAUCUGUCCUGAAACAACAGGCCAUCAUUCAGGUAUUGUACUGCUGGAUAUCUUCUGUACUCUUUCUAGCUCUACAAUGUCUCCUCUGCACUGUGGCAACCAGUAUUUUAAACAAUACUCCAUGCAGUCUGAGAAAUGUUUUAUUCAGCUGUAAUGUAAUGUCAAAUAUUUUAUACUCAAUGCCUCGGCCAAUGUAGGCAAGAAUGGCAAAAGCUUUCUUCACUACCUUAUCCACCAGUGUCGCAAUUUUCACUGAGCUAUAAGCUUGCAACCCAAGAUCUUGGCAAAUACCUGAAAUGAACUCCUUAUGAGAAAUGGCCUCUUCCAGUGCCCUUACCAACUGGACUGUUCAGUCAAAGUUUUGAUCUAAGAUUUGCUUAUGACAAUGGAACUGGUCUUGAAUGAUGUCUUUUAUCACAACGAUGUAACCCAAGGAUCACCCCCUUGUCUUAGAUGAAACUUCAUUGUAUUUUGUUUAAAAUAAUCCAAAAUAUAUGGAUAUAUUGCAUCUGCUUUUCAAUAAACUGGCAUUGCUUGGAACUUG